UCUAUACUCAGUUUAAAUAUGCAAACAAAAGCCGAAGACAUCGACGAAAUCCAAAGUCGAGACCCUCAUAAUCAAAUGAGCGUGACAGAAUUCAUCAACGUCCCCUCUUUCCCUUUAAAGGCUUAUGAAAUUGUUUCUGAUCCAAAGUAUACUGAAAUUGUAAGAUGGAACAAAGAAGGGGACGCGUUUAUAAUUACCAACAAAAAUGAAUUCAGUGAUAAAGUACUUCCAAAGUACUUCAAGCAUAAGAAUCUCUCCACAUUCGUGAGACAGUUAAACAUUUACGGCUUUAAGAAAACUAAAUGCAAGAAUGAAGAUAAUUGUUUCGCACAUCCUGACUUUAAGAGAGAUGACAAGAGACUCCUUCUGAAUAUGAAACGAAAAGCAACUAAAGGAAAGAAGGCUGAGAACAAGUCAACUACUUCCUCUGACUCUCCUUUUAUCACUAAAGAAGAAGUUAAUGUCAUGUUUGAGAGUGUUAACCAGAGAAUUGACGAACAGAACAAGAGAAUCGAUCAACUCAACCAGACCAAUAAGGAAUUCAAGAAUAGCGUACUGUGCCUUUAUAACCAACUUGAGAAAUCAAGAGAAAGGGUAGUUCAAUUAGAAAAGGUUAUCCUAGAUAACCAAAUGAAUGUUUCUAACACUCAUCAACCUAUUAUGAACGAGAAAUAUGCUGAACAAAUUAAGGAUAAGGCUAUAUCAGAUAAGCACAUUAUGAUGGACAAUAACCUCUACAACAUGUUCACUAGCUUUGUGAAAUGAUUCAUAAAUACCAUGCCUUCAAAUGAACUGAGCAAAUUUUUGAAUACAAGCAAUGCAUCAAACCUGUUUAUUUCAAACAGAGGCUCUCCCAAUAUGGUUAGCCAGGAGCUGAUGCCCUAUAACUGCCCAGACUUUAAAGGCCUCGGAAAGAGUAAUGAAAUUGUGAAUCACUCUCACAUGAUAGAGAAUGGGCCUCUUUCAAACAUGAUGUCAGAAAGAGCUUCAAGACUCGGACAUCUGACAAAAAGUCCAAAUAAGAGAGAAAAGAAAGCAAUCAGAAAUAAUAUGAGAAUGGAGAAUGAUGCUUGGGAUAAGAUCUGUGAAGUUAAAUCCAUCUCUGGGAGUCAAGGAGAAGACGAAUUCAUCCAGAAUUUGCAUAAAAAUCCUAAGGUUGCUAACCCAUACAUGUACAGUUUAGACAACAACUCUUAUAUCUCUGACAUUGACCAUCAGAAGGAGCAAUUUGGGGACAAUUAUUCGGUCGGUAGCCACAAAAAGUUGAAUGAUAUCUCUGGUUUCUCACAUCUUCAGAACAACAACUUUGAGUUAAUGAGCCAGCCAAGUAACAAGGGAUUCUCUGACUUGAAAUCUGAGAACUCGAAUGGGAGAGAGAAUUAGGGAUAACUCAGACUUCAGAAAUCGCUCAGCUAAAAUCUAGCCAUUUAUAUUUAACUCUUCA